GCGCGCAAAAAAAAAAGGAUGCCCGAUCGCUCGCUUGCUCGCUUUCCCCAAGUGAGAUGAUUCCGGAGGCAAUUUGAGAAGAAGGAGAAAGAGGAGGAGGAGGAGGAGCCCGGAGAGCCGGGAGGAAGAGGCGGAGGAGGAAGACGGGGCCCCGGCGGUGGCGGAGGAGCCAGCGAUGGGGGAAUGAAUCGCCCACCAGGUCUCGGCCAGAGUGGGAUUCUGGACCCGUGACGGUACUAACCGGAUGAUUGAUGGCUGUUUAAUCUCUUCCCCAUCAACUAACCACUUGCCUCCAUCAGUAUUAACCAAUGUCAACAAUUAGGGAGCAGCCGAUUUUCAGCACCAGGGCCCACAUCUUCCAGAUCGACCCAGCCACCAAGAGGAACUGGAUCCCAGCAAGCAAACAUGCCCUCACCGUCUCGUACUUCUACGAUGCGACCCGCAGUGUCUACAGGAUCAUCAGCGUGGGAGGCACCAAGGCCGUCAUCAACAGCACCAUCACCCCCAACAUGACGUUCACCAAGACCUCGCAGAAGUUUGGCCAGUGGGCGGACAGCAGGGCAAACACGGUCUACGGGCUGGGUUUCGCCUCCGAACAUCAUCUGUCCCAGUUUGCAGAAAAGUUCCAGGAGGUGAAGGAAGCCGCCCGCUUGGCCCGGGAGAAGUCCCAAGACAAGACGGAGCUCUCCAGCCCUGCCCUCAGCUUGACUUCUCAGCAGAUCCUGCCUAGCCCCAUCAUCAGCUCCAAUGGGGAUGACAAGUUCUUCCGGAGCCAGAGUGCCGACCUGGAGAUGACAACGGAACGGGAGCGGAUCAAGAAGAUGCUCUCUGAAGGCUCUGUGUGCGAAGUCCAGUGGGAGGCCGAAUUUUUCACCCUGCAAGACAACAACAACAAGCUGGUGGCUGCCCUGAAAGAGGCCAACGCCAACGUGGAGCAGUGGAAGAAGCAGCUGGCGGCCUACCAGGAGGAGACUGAGACCCUGAGGCUACGGGUGGCCGAGCUGGAAGCCCAGCGAGGGCACGAGGUGUCGAGCGAGGCCAGGAUGGAGCCCAGCCCGGCCCUGGAGGAACUGGAGCAGCUGGUGAAAGCCAAAGAAGAGGAGCUUCAGCAGCUCAAGAGCCAGAAGGGAGGCUGCUGGGAAGCCGACGAGGAGUGUGAGGAGACACGUCAGAAGGUGCAGGACCUGGAGCGUCGAAACACGGACCUGGAGCGCCGGCUGCGCCUGGCGGAGCAGUCCCUCUCCGAGACCCUCUCCGAGCGGGAGAAGAUGUACCACGAGGUGGUCAAGGUGGCCGAGAUCAUGGAUAUGAAGAUCUUUGAGCUGAGCGAACUGCGGCAGGAUUUGGCCAAGCUGGUGGACAGCCACUGAGCUGGGGGCUUGGGCGGGGGGGGGAAACAAGGGCUGAGCCGGAUGACGGAGGGGGGGCCGGCCUUCCCGAACCACCGGCCUGGCCAACGCGUGCGAGGUUUGCCGUUAAGACCUCGAACCAUGCUCUCACCCUUCAGUCUUCCACGGAGAGAUCCGGUGAAGAAGGAGGGUCAGGCAUUGCUUUCGAACCCCGGGCCCGAUUCCUUCCAGAGAUGCUUCCAUUUCUACCAAGGGGCGGGUCUUUUCUGCGCAGUCCGAAGCCGUAGGUUUUGAUAGAGAAUGGUUCCCCCCCCUUCGCCCAUCCCUAAGUGGGAUCUGGGUACCCCCCCUUCUCCUUUCUGCCUGUAACCGUCUCGCUGUGUUUUUUUAACGGAGUUGCUUUUUAUAGAGACGAUCAGAGACUUCCGAAUGGGAGCCAAAUGCCUGGGAGGGAGAAAAAAAGCAAAACAAAACCCCACAAACCUCUUUCAGGGAGCGAACGGGAGUCUUUGUAUUCUUUAACACACACACACACACAUUUUCAAAAGCAAGCGAGGGGCGUUGUCUGAGCCAGCGAAAGCUGUGAGCACUGGUAUUCAGCUGGGGGAAAAAAGGGAGAGGGCGUUUGUGUCUCGGAGCAAAACGCCGUCUCUGGGAAGAGGCGGGGUGGGAGCCCAACCAGCUGCCAGUCGGGAAGCAUUCAAAAUUUACAAUUAGCGAGCCCAAACGAGGAAACAAAACAGACCCUCUCCUGGCUCGGCGGAGUAGAAAUGCAGCAACUCCCGGGGAGAUGGAUGCAGCUGUGCGUGAGGGAUGUGCAAACAGGAAAGAAGAGCUAGCAUGCUUUCAUGGGUGGGGAGAGAGGCCUGAUCCUCUCCAGAUGUUGCCGGACUGCGUCCUCUGGGGAGUGAAACCUGGCGAGCCGACCAGCGAAAUUCAUGGGGCUCCAGCCAUCCCGGUCUCUCUCUUUGUUCACACCAACCAACCAACUCUCCCCCUCGUCUCUAGUCGUUGCUGAUGGAAUAGCCCUUGAAAGGGGAGCCCCCCAUUUCCUGCUGGCCCCUGGCCCGCUCGUACGAUCUUCACAGGUUUGUCCUACAGUAUCCAAGUGAAGUGAGAUGGGCAUAAUGCACCGUCUGGCCUUCCUCCCCUCCAGCUAUGCUGGCCAAGGCUGAUGGGAGUUGUAGUCCAGGUCCAUCAGGAGGGGUCACUCUUCCCCCCCCCCAUGCAAUAAGGAGAGGAAACAGCUUCACUCCCCCUUCCUGCAUGAUGUUAAGAGGUUGGGCAAUCGGUCUCUUUUCCAUUUGCUUAAAAAAAAUUUU